AUGGAGACUGUCUCAGACUAUAUUUGCAAUGCGAGAACAGUGUUCAAAGACGUUGACCUGCAUGCCCUUCUCGGAGCUGCAGAGCGUAUCAAAUUUAACGUGAUUGCUCUGCGGGAGACCGAGUGCAGAAGGAGCGACGUGCGACAGAUGAAUGACGGUACACUCGUCAUUACACUCGUCGUCACUCGUCGAAAUGUAGGCGGUGUUGGUUUUUUUGUGCACCAAUCUGUCGUCCAUCUUGUCGAUUCUCACGAGAUCCUGUCACCUGGUCUGGCCAUUCUUCGGCUCCUUCCUCUGCAAGAAUCCAAAUUGGACGCGUUUUACGAGGAGCUGGAGGAAGUAAUUCACAACGAGAAGUCCUUCUACAAAUUCGUUGUCGGAGACUUCAACGCAAAACGAAGAAAGGCCACAGAAGAGGAAUACAGGAUAGAAAGAUUUGAAGUAGGAGACCGGGAUGAAAAUGACAAUCGUCUCGCCGCGCUGUUGUCCGCCUCUCGCCUCUUUCAUGGGAACUCUCUUUUCAUGAAAAAAGAUCAUCGUUGGUGGACAUGGGAAUCGCCCAAUGGCGCGACUCGUGCGGAGAUCGACCACAUACUCGCCAACCGGAGGUGGUGUCUACUUGACGUCUCAGUAGUACCAUCCUUUUGUAGUGGUUCUGAUCACCGUCUCCUUCGUGCGAAAAUACGACUUAACCACACGAUGGAAAAGAACAUCUGCUAUCGGCAACGAAGGAGAAAAGAAGUCGUCUACGACGAUAGCGUACUCGAGGACUCCCUGUCCCAAGGUGACUGA